AAUGUGUGCAACAAAAGACAACAAUCCACUCUGGAAGGUCCCAGGCUCACAACAAGUUGCGAGCACAGCCUCGGGGGCGGCUUUCGGGAGCUAUUUCGCCGGCGAGCCGCGCUGAGCGGCGUUUAGUCUAGCAUGAGACAGCCCAGGGUGAGCACCCGAGUUUUCACACAAUAAAGGAGCUGAAGGCGAUACCACCGACCCAAAGCAGCAUGUUCAAGACAAGCUACCUGCGCAAGGAGGUGCGCAAGGAAAAGUACGAGCGCGCCGAUGUCUUCCACGAGGAACCCGAGGAGGACUCGGCGGGCAUCUCCGCCAUCCAAGGCUGGGAGAACCUCCAGGAGCUCAACAGCCGCUUCGCCCGCUACAUCAACCGCGCACGAGUGCUGGAGCAACGCAACGCCGUCUUCCGCAAGCAGCUGGAGACGCUGCAGAGGAUGGAGGAGGCCAGCGGCCUGGAGGAGACCUUCAGGGAGCAGAUUGAAGUCAACAGGCAGCGCAUCCGCGAGCUGACCUCCGAGCACGGCAAGCUGGAGAGGGAGCUGAGGGACGCCUGCCGCAUGCUGGACGACUUCACCAGCAAAUACAGAAAUGAAUGUGAUUACCAGGAGGAGCUGAGGAGCACGCUGGAGCAACUCAACAAGGAAGCUGACAGCGCCCUGCUGAAAAAUCUGGAGUUUCAGAUCCAGUCGCAGUUCCUGCAGGAUGACAUCACCUCCACCAGAGAUCGACACAAGAAGAACCUUGCAGAGAUCCAGACCUACCUCAACAUCUUGCAACAAAUCAACCAGACGCUCCCGCUGGUUCCCACCGUGUCAGUGGGCAUCUCUGAGGAGCAGGAGAAGCUGCUGGCCCAGAGCAGGAUGCCCGGCCUGCUGAGUCAGCUGGAGGAGUACAAGAGCGCCCUCUGUCAGCUGCAGGCGCAGAAACAACGUCUCCAGGCCGAGGCAUCCAUGUUGGAGCAAGCCAUCAGGAGCACCCAGGAGAGUUUCGACGAUGAGAUCCAGCUGUACAACGAGCAAAUCGAGUCUCUACGCAAGGAGAUCGAGGAAGCCGAGAGGUCGCUGGAGAGGUUCACCAGCGAAUGUCGCCACUUGGCCAUGUACCAGACGUCCCUGGAGAACGAGCUGGAGAGGUACAAGAGGAUCAUCGAGAACGAGGACAACAGGUUGAAUUCGGCCAUAAUCGGCAGCCCCAUCACCCUGUUCACCACCAGCUGCCACUACACUCACACCCCCUCCGCCCCCCGGGGGAGAGAUAUCACUCUGGCUAUCCAAGACAUCACCAGCAUAAAGCCCCGCCAGAAGAUCAUGGCCAAGAAAGUCCAGAAGAAGAAGGAGCUCACCCCCAGGGACGUGAUGGACAACGGUCAAGAGGAUCGAGGCGCUUCUGGGGAGAAUCCGGACGAAGACACGAAGGGGACGCCCGCGGUCGAGGGCCAGGAGGAGAGCGUGAGGAGGUCCGAGGAGAGGCCCGUGUUGUCCGACCUGUCUCCACAGGACGUCCCGGACGGAGCGCAGAUCAGCAAGGCAUUCGACACGCUGUGUAGCAUCGUCAGAGAUCGGAUGAGGAAGUAUAAAAAGCCGGAACCCAUCGCCGACUUCUACACCAAGGGCCGUUACGUCCUUGUGAGCGGCGAAGGAAAUUACCUGGACCCUUGCUUCUACACCUCCACGCCAUCCGCCGGACACAUCGUUGUCACCAUCAAAGACCAACCUCUCGGGCGGAGCGCACUGUCUCCUCAACCUCCUCAGCCCAAACCUCUGACUCCGCCCCUUCCUUUCCACGCUGGGGGUCGGAGGGAGGACAGCAAGGGAGGAAGAGGGAAGGACGACGGCGGCAAAGGCAAGGCUAAGAAAAAUGAAGAGCCUGAGCCUCAACCUAAAGAUCUGGACCCGGGUCAGCCGACUCCGGGCCCCAAAGAUCCAGCCGGAGAGCAAACUCCUACUGAUCCCAAGAAGAAGAAGGAGGACGAUGGACCGGGCGGGACCACCCCAAAAUCAACACCCCGGGCCCCGAGCACCAGCUCCAGCUCCAGCUCCAGCACCAGCACCAGCAGCUUCACCCCGGAUGCAAUGAGCUAUGAGAAGGUGGUGGUCGAGUCUGUGGAGAAGUUCUCUGAUGGCCGCAAGCUCAAGGGUUAUGAGGAGACCUCCAUGGUGGUGGAGACCACCAUCGAGAAGUCCAGCAAGAAGAAACAUUAGAUCCUCAGUGGAAAGCAAAGCUGAAGAACCAAUCCCACAUUCCUGGCUUGGCUCCUUCACGCGUGAUCCCAUGGUCCCACCCGAGAGCCCCGCUCGUGCUUCAGUCCUUUACUGUCUGAAAACUUGGGACCCACCAUAAGCCCCCAAAACCUCUGUGCCCCCUUCAGUAGAAAACACGAGAAACCAGAAGACCGUAAAUUUGUGCCACCCGACGUCUUCCAACCCCUUGAGCAAUUUGUUCAAUUGGACGCACUUCCUGCCCCCGGCGCCAUCUUGCUGUGUACUCAUUUGCUUUGACCUUUUCAAUAAAGACCACCUAAACCACG